GUAAGUCUCUCUGGAUAAGGGCGUCUGCCAAAUACUGUAAAUGUAAUUAUCAUUAUAUAUAUCAUGUUAUCUUAGCUAUUCAGAACAAGCCUGAGAUAGACCUGAAGACGUGCAGUGUUAAUAAUGAAUAUAAGAAUGUACACAAUUUCAGUAUUGUUAUAGUAAUCUAUAGAGUUGGUGUUUUUUAGGAAGCAAUAUGUAGUCAAGAGACUAACUGGAGAUUCAUUUCAGUGUAUCUUUAUGAUACAAUAAAUACUGGAAUUUGAACACACAUUUCCAGACUCUAUAGUGAACGGAGUUUAACUUGGUGUGUAUCUUCAUAAAAAUAUUACGCAUGGAAGGAGGACAGUAUUAUUCACAUUUCCCGUUACACUUCCUGUUACACUUCCUGUUAUCAUGCAUGUCAUGUUAGCUCAUUUACUGCUUCAACGUCAGCAGGUCACAUCCUGUUUUGUCUGGUCGUGUUUAUUUUCAUUCUUUUUCACAGAUCUGUCUUAUUGGAAGCUGUUGAGGAUCAUUUGACGUUUCUUUAGAGGAACAACCAGGUUUUAUUUCUUCAAAAAGAACUGAUACAGAAUAGAAAAAAAGCCCGUGACCCGGAUAUUGUUUGAAGUCAGCCAUCUUGAAGGACAUAUCAAUUCACUAAUUGCACAGUGAGGAGGUGAGGAACAAGGAGUGAGGAAGCUUCCAGAGGAGUGAGGAUACACAGGUGUAUCAUAUACACAGCUGAAUCUUUGUGGAAGUCACCGUCUGUUUAUGAGUGAAGACAUUGGCCUCUGUGCUCCAUGUCUGCUUCAACUAGAACCUCACAUCUCAAGAUUUCUUCAGUGAGUUCUUCUGCUGGUGACACGGUCACUCUACACUGUAAACUCUCUCCUGAAAUCAGUGGAGGUACCAGAGAGAUCAGGUGGUUUAAGGAGACAGAAUGUAUUCACCAGCAGUCCUAUGAGGACAGAAGGACAUUCGGGUGUAUGUGUAUGAGAUUUGGGAGAAAAGUGUCUCUGACACUGAGAGAUGUUAAAGUCAUGGAUUCUGGACAGUACAGGUGUGAAGCUCAUGGAGAGAGGAAAGAAGAAGUUGCGGUUAUUUACCUGCAUGUUGCAGGGCUUAAACUGGUCUCCAGAUCCCAUGAUUUUGGUGAGCUUAUUCCUGGUGAUGAUGUCACUCUGUCCUGUCACCUCUCUCCUAAAAAGAGUGCUGUUGCCAUGGAGAUCAGGUGGUUUAAGGGGACAGACUGUAUUUGUCUGUAUCAGAACGGGCAGGUGAAAGAGGGAAAGGGCUACGAGGGCAGAGUGAGGCUGUGCACCCACAAGCUGAGGAAAGGAGACGUGUCUCUGAUUCUGAGGAAUUUUCAUGAGUCACGAGAUGAGGGACUGUACAAGUGUGAAGUCACGUGUGGAGAUGAAAAGGUGGAAACGUCAGUUCACGUCAGUUGCAAUCCUCGUGAGAGUGGGUCAGCGAUGCAUCAUGAUGAUGAAAUGGGAAGCCUUGGACCCAAUAAGUCACUACAGCCUUUCACAUCCAUAAUCAGAAUUAUACUUCUUACUCAUUUAUAGUUACAUUUAAUGGUGUGGAACGUCCACAAAACAAGUUAAUUCCUGUUGUCACUUACAUUAUAGCAGCUAUAAAUGUCUGUUUAUACCCUCACCAGUCUCUCUUUAUUCUCUCUUUAACGUUAAUAAGAUAAAAACUUGUUAAGGAAAACCACAAACCAUAAUCUCCUAAAGACUUUCCUUAUUAUAGAAAUUAUUAUAUAAUUCCUUAUUAUAGAAAUUACUGUAUUUUUCUUUCAUUACUAAAUAAAAAAACUAACUCUACCCAGUUCCUAUUAAUAAUAUUAUUUAAAGUUAAUGUCAUUAAUGAUAAAAUUAUAACUGUUGCUAUUUAAUGUUAGUUAUUAAUGAUAAAAUUACACAGUAAAUGUUAAUAUUUAAAGCACAACAGGUUUUAAAAAGUCUAACAAUUUAAAAUUCAUAAACCCUGAAAGAAGGUUAAAGAAAAGAAGGAUAAGAGUAACAUGAGUGUGUUAAUGAUCACUUUAUUCAGAUUGAACACAAUCGGUCUCACUCCUGUGAACACCUACAGGUUUGUUGUGAAGAUAAUUAAGUAUAAAAUGCUGUGCACACAAAUUCAUUAAUCCAGUGGCUUUUAUGUGAUUCAUUUUCUAUUUAAAAGGAAAACCAGGAAGACGAUGGAGUAAUCCGUUAGAUUUUCCAAACAGUAAGUAAUCUAUGUACUGUACUCUGGGUCAAAGGUUACUCUGAAUGUACUCUGAACGUCAGUUCAACUCUACCACCAAUGUAAUAGCACGGGUAGCAUGCUUCUAUCCAGAUUCCACCCCAUCUCUACUUCUGAGAGACUCUGCAUCUCGAAGAUACUCUUUUUAUACCCAGUCAUCUUCCUGAUCUGUUCCCAAUUAACCUAAUUAACUGCAAAAUGUUCCUCCAGCUGUUUCUUUUUACUAACACUUACUUUUCCAGCCUUUUGUUGCCCCGUCCCAACUUUUUUGAGAUGUGUUGUGGCCGUCAAAUUGAAAAUGACCUUAUUUUCUCCUUAAAACGGUACAUUUCCUCAGUUUAAACAUUUGAUAUGUUUUCUAUGUUCUACAGGUUUAUGAGAUUUGCACAUCACUGCAUUCUGUUUUUAUUUAAAUUUUUUUUUUUUUUACAGCGUCCCAACUUUUUUGGAAUUGGGAUUGUAUAAUAAAAGUAUCAAACAUCUAUAAUUAUAACCUCUUGUUUAACUGUAUCAGUCAUACACAGGAGCUGGUGUAUGCUUCUGAUGCAGUGAUCAAUCCUCAAGGUUCAAUCCUCAAACCGUUACUAUUGUUAAUCGAUAUGUAGAUUAAUUAUAAUCUAUAAAUCCUACAGACAAUGUUUUACCAUUUCUGUUUAUUUUAAUUAAGUGCAGUGUGAAACCAAACCAAACUCCAUAACAAACAAGCCAGAAGCAUCAAUAUCACUACGGUUAAGGAUUUAAUACACUGUAUUUUGUAAAACUGUGUCAGAUUCACUAAUAUCUCCUGUGUGUGUGUGUGUGUGUGUGUGUGUGUGUGUGUGUGUGUGUACAGUGUGUAGACAGAGCUCAAGACAGAGCAACAGCAGGACAGAGAAUAGAAGAGGAUCACAGUAACGGACAUUAGAGAGCAUUUACACACACAGAGAAACGAUCAUUCUGUUUAUAUAUAUAUAUAUAUAUAUAUAUAUAUAUAUAUAACUAGCCUAGCGUCCUGUCUAGAUUAGUGUUAUUAUUGUCAGUAAUGAGGAUGAACUACAGAUUGGUGGAACUCUGGCGACGAGGAGGUUGUUUGUCUUCGCUGUAGCUUUUGGAGGCAGAAAAUGGAGAGAAUUUGAGCUGCUCAUGUGAUGUGACUGUAUGCAGAUACAGUUAUAGAAGGACGUCGCAUCAUGUCCCGGUCAAUGUCCCAAAAAUACACAGGCUGUUAUUUUAUAGUUAUAACAACGGAGAAAUAUUUUCCAUUCAGCAUGGUGUAACAUGUCUCCUCAUACUGACUCACAAACCAGACUUGCUUUUUACCAGAACUUUGCCCUUUUUUGUUGCUUAAUAAAGGGAAGUGAUAGCUCAGAGGUUAAGACGUUGGACUUCUGAUCGGAAGUGUGUGAGUUCAAAUCCCAGCUCAAAUCUCGAGCUGCCACUGUUGGGCCCUUGAGCAAGACCCUGAAACCUCAACUGCUCAGAUGUAUAAAUGAGAUAAUUGUAAGUCGCUCUGGAUAAGGGCGUCUGCUAAAUGCUGUACUGUAAUGUAAUGUAAUGAUUGUUCAGCUCAGCUCUUUUCUGAAAAGUGAAAGUAAAAUCUCCUGCAUUCCUCCUGCCCCGCCUUCACUUCCUGUACGAUGACACGUAUAAUGUCUGCUGGAGAUGAAGGAAAAACAAAGUGUGAAAGCAGCUGAAAUAUGAAUCUGGACUGUUGUCUGUGCUCUUCUGAGAGCAUUUGAACAUCAUUAGCUACAUUUACAUGCAGUCUAAUAAUCUGUUAAUAAUCUGAUUGUGAGCUGGAUCAGGAUGAGGACGUUCAUGUACACACUUCAAUCAGAGUAGAGUAAACCGUUUGAUUAAAUCUCGAUCUGCUUGAACGAGAUGGAUAAUGCUUUUAAUCAUCUGUUAAUUAAUUAGAAGAGUACGAGCUGUGUAAACGCUUGUGUCUGCUACGUGUCACCACGUCUUCCUGGUGCUGUAAAAAGUUGCGUAAGAAAGCAGCGCUCCUGCUACAGAGUAAUGUCUCUGCACAUCUGUACACAGUGUGUGAUGAGGAGAAGGAGAAGCUGGUUGUGAGGAUGCACACCUGCACUGAUUCGUCUAAUCAUUGCGGGGGGUCUGAGAGACAGACAGAGACACACGUGCUUUAUGUUUGGCUUACGUUUGUGUGUUGUACCUUAUGUUUGUGUUCUGUUGAUUAUUAAAGUUUAUAUUUAUGUUCA